UGUCUUUUAUUUAUUUUUAUUUUUUUUCCUUUCCUCUCUUCUUCUCCGCCGGAGACGAGACGCAGCUCUUCCACUUCCAAGCGUCUAUGUUCUUCUUCCUCAUCCUCUGAACCGUCUUCUUCGUCUCGAAGCCCCACCAAGCAAUCUAAGGUCAAGAUCGAUGCCGCUAUUGAAUCUGUACGUUAAAUCCGAUUGAGAAUCAAGGACCGGUUUCAGAUUCAGGAUCAGAAUCUGGAGAGCUGGAGCUUGGAUCCUCUGAUCCAGAGAAUGUGAUCAGAGUCCAAACGAGGUUAGCUUUUUCAUUGACAAGAGUAAGGUUCAAGAAGUGAAAAAGGACAAGCCCUUGCUUAUCUCCUGAAGAAGCUCAACACUGAAGGGAAGCUUCCUCUUAAUGAAAAGAAUACUAAGUGAUAAAGCUCAAAAAAAUCCAGACCUUUUCAAUUGGAAUAGACUUAAGCUUCGUUACUGUGAUGGUGCUUCUUUCAGGGAGAUGGUCAGAAUGAGAACUGAUGUGUCUGGUGGACGAACAAUCAGGAACUUAUACAAUGGUAUAGUAGAGUUUCAGAGUGUGAAAACAACCUGCCUCGUCUGUGCACAAACCAUCUUGAUCCAACUUCGUGUUUCUUCCCAGAGAAUCUGAUCAGUCAGAUGAAAACUCAACUUUUCAUUGUCAACGCUGCAUAUGAUACAUGGCAGGUAAGCAGCAUUACAAUUGCUUAGGUAUUGGUCCUUUGAUGGUUGUGCUCACAUUACAAGUUUUGUUAUAAUCAGAUAUAAAGCAGCAUAGCUCCAACAUCAGCACAUCCUAGUGGGUUUUGGCAUGACUUUAUGGUCUUAGGUUUAAGUUUUUUUUUCUGGUUUUAGUUUUGUAAACCAAUUUUAAUUUAUAAAUAAAAUUAAUUUUAAAUUUUAA